AUGGCAAUAACGGGCAAAGAAACUUGGUGGGUCCUUUUCCUUCUAUCAACACUACUACUCUUUGUGGAUGAGAUCCAUGGAAGCAGAAAGCAAGAACAUGCUCUUAGAAAUCUGAACAAGGCCAAGUUCAGAGGAGGAGGCACCAUUGACAGAAGCAGUAACACAAUCUUGGGGGUAGAUGAUGAGGCUGUGUUUGGAGACUCUAAUGAUAACAAGUCUCGUUACUAUUAUCUUCAAGAAGGAUUGAAAGAGAAAGAUAGGAUUCAGAAGCUUCCAGGGCAGCCUGAAGAUGUGAGUAUCUCUCAGUAUGGAGGGUAUGUCACAGUGGAUAAGAUUGCAGGAAGAGCUUUUUAUUAUUAUUUUGUUGAAGCUCAACCAUCUCAUAGGCACAAACUGCCACUUCUUCUCUGGCUAAAUGGAGGUAUGUACAAUAAUAAAGUAACAUUUAUUUGA